GUCCUUUGGGAUGUCCGAAAACUACAUCUGCAAAACUGGAGCCAAAAACGCGUUUGGCGCCAAACUCGAAAAACUUCUUUCCCUUUUAUCGUUGUUUAUAUUUCAAACACUGCCAUUUCGUCUUCCACUCACCCACACACCACAUCGGAGCAAUUAGGGUUCGUAGAUUCCGUUAUCUUCUUCUCAGAUUUCACAUUUGCGGUUCCAUUCUCCGUUUCCGAACGCUCGAGAGGUGGAAAUGGCAUCGCCGACCGAGGUUAUCGACGUCGGCGCCCAAAACGCUCCUACUCCUACUCCACCUCCUCCUCUUCCACCGCAAGAUCCGAAAUCGAAUCGCGCCAAGACCAUCAUGCGGAAGCGGAAGAAGGUUCCCUCGUUGCUGCAAAACCUAAAGAGCUACGAGGAGAAGCAAGCGCACAUCGAAACCCUCGAGAAGGAGCUCGACGCGCUGUUCCGCUACUACCAAGAAGCCAUGGCUCAGAAAGUGCGUGUCGAGCUGAGCCAGUGCGGUGGUUCGCGAAAUGUUGUCGUCGCGGCGCUGAUGGAGGAGAGCUACCUUCCACUGUCGAAGCUCGUGGACGAGAUUCACGACAAGUUGAACGGAGAAGUAAGUAACGGCGCAAUCGUGCUGGCGGAGCCUGUGACCUACGCGACGGUGAAGAGUAGCGCGUUGUUUGUGGGACAGAGAGUGUCGUACGGCGUGCCAAACGCUGAUGCUGAUGUAUUGGAGGACCAUGCCGAGUCGUGUCUCUGGUGUUGGGAGACUAGGGAUUUGAAAUUGAUGCCAAAAUCCGUUCGAGGAGAGCUCAGUGUUCGACGCACUUGCCGGAGAAGGAUCCAUGAGAGGAUUAUGGCUAUCUCUGAAAUGAUAGCAGCUCUGAAAAAGCUAGAGAGUGAACCUGAUUACAAUCAAGGCUUAAUUAAGGCAUCGGCAAAGCUCAAUAAAGCUUUUCCCGAAGCAGAUAUCCGCUUGUUAGUGGAUGGCUUGUUGCAGAAGAACAGUGAAGACAUGGACAAGAAAAGAACAAGCCAAGAAAAUAAAUUGCUAAUUAAGCAGUUGGAGAGAAAUAGAAAAGAAGCUGAAAAAGAGAAAGAGAAAGAAAGCAUGCACAAUGAACUGCAAAGAGAAACACUGCUCAAUGAAUCAGAUUUAAAAUUGUCACAAGAUGAGGCAAGAAAUGGUGAGAAAUCUUCUGAAAAGAAAAAACAGAUAAAGAAACAGGUAGAUGAGGCAGAAAAGGAUCAACGGCGUAGAGAGAAAGCAGAAGCUGAAUUAAAAAAGAAGCGGAGUUUACAAAAGCAAGCCUCAAUUAUGGAGCGUUUUCUGAAAAGAAGUAAAAUUAUUCCCUCAUCUCCAUCAUCUGAGAAGGACAUAGUUUCAACUAAAUCAACUGCAUCUGAUUUGCCAAGCAGCAAGAGUGAAAGUUUGUUUGAGUCAGCUACACUUUCAAUGGAUUGUACUCUUGCAUCAAGCAGGGAUGUUAUGCUUGAAGAUAUUCGCAAGACACAAUUUUCUUCAUGGCGCUCUUUAGGACAAUCAUUGCGCUCAAACAGAAAACAGAGAUGGGGCUUACGCCAGAAACCUCGGACUGAAGUUUUUAAGGAACUUAAGCUGAGUGCCAUUAAAACUGCUGUUCAAGAUGUUGAGUUGGACACGGAGAAACAUGUUGACAGAUUGGGAGAAUGCAGUUCUGAUAUCAGUUCAUGCCCAAUGAAUGCAGAUAGUUCUCCUGAUGCCAAGUACAGUCGGGGUAGACAAUUAUUGCAGUUUGAUAAAUCUCAUAGACCUGCCUUUUAUGGUGUUUGGCCUGCAAAAAGUCAUGUUGUUGGACCACGCCAUCCUUUAAGGAAGGAUCCAAGCCUGGAUUAUGAUGUCAGCAGCGAUGAGGAAUGGGAAGAGGAGGAACCUGGUGAAAGUCUUUCUGAUUGUGAUAAAGAUGAAGAGGAAUGUCAAGAGGAAUGUACAAAGUCUGAUGAAGAAAGUGAAGAUGGGUUCUUUGUACCAGAUGGAUAUCUUUCUGAGGAUGAGGGUGCACAAGUGGACAGAAUGGAAAUAGAUGAUGACAUUGACGGGGCUGAUAGCUCCCCUAGCUGUAAGAAUGACAUAGAGAGCGAGGAAUUUUGUGCUUUACUUCGGCAGCAGAAAUAUCUAAAUAAUUUGACAGAGCAUGCUCUCCGGAAAAAUCAACCCUUGAUUAUAUCAAAUUUGAUUAAUGACAAGGACCUUUCAUCUGAUCACAAUAUUAGUGGUACUCCUAAGCUGGAGCAGAUGUGCUUGCAAGCCUUGAGUAUGUAUGUAAUUCCUGGCAUCUCAUGUAUAGAAAUAUAUGUGGAUAAAAUGCAAGACGAGGACCAAGAAGUCUGCCUCUCUACUGGUAAAAGUGGUGCUAGUCCAAUAUCUGGUGUAGCUGUCAUACCUGACUCAGACCUACCCAUAAUUGUGACUACUAUUCAAAGUUGUUCUCAAGGUAUGAAUAAAGUGUUAGUGUCUUUGCAACAGAAGUUCCCUUCUGUAUCUAAGUCCUUAUUGAAGAAUAAAGUGCGUGAAGUAUCUGACUAUGUUGAUAACCGCUUGCAGGUGAAGAAAGAAGUUCUGGAUAAGCUUGGCUCGGCAGUUAAACCUGAAAAAAGCAGUGGGGGACCAAGGAGCAUUGCUGCAUUUUUUUCAAAAAGGUGCUUGCCCCCGACUGGGGAAGGUUCGAAACCUGGUGAAACUUCACCACUGCCACCCCUGAAAUCAUCUUCUGCCAUUGAUGAACGACCGCAAAGUUCAUAUAACAUAUAAUCUCUGACAUCUUGUUGCUCAGUGGCAUUUUACUAUUUUCAGAUUUCUUAGUACCGACUCUGUAAAAGUUGGAGAUAGUGUGGGGUUGCACUUGAUGCUCGUUUACCACUGUAGGCAAGUUCCUGAUUACCAUUGUCAAUGCUCCCUCGACUUUGUUUUGCUAGCUUGUACUUGAUAAAAGUUUAUGUUAACUUAUUGUAAAAAGAGAAUACUGUUUGCACCCCAUUUUUUUUCGAUUCUUUUAUUAAGCCUCUUUGCGUGAU